AUGCCGUCCCCGUCGUCUCUGAAAUCUUCAGCCCCGUCGGCGUCUCUUCUCCGGUUUCUGCGCUCUCAGUCCGAGUCACUUUUUUUUACCGCCAACGCAACAGCCUGCGGCCAGACUCGCCCACCGCCUCGUUUGCCUUCACUGCGAACCUUCACCAAUAACUGCAAUCGGGUCGAAUUCCCACCAUCGCAAGAACCGCUUCAGGCAAGUCUGUUACCGCUACCGAGUUUCUCAGCUCGAGGCCGUGGUGGUACACGAUGUCGAGCCUCACUUACUCCACCUCUCGCAACGCCGGCAUUUCACCUCCCUAAUGCGCAACCAUCGCGCGCCGUUUCCACCAAAGACCGGCCUCUCUUCCGCAGGCUCCUUGAUUGGAGGCGGAGCAAGGCUGCGGAAAGCAACAAGUAUGCGUGCAGUCCGCCCACAUUGAUCGGUGACGGCACGGAGCCGGGCUUCACACUUGGGCGCGGAUUGGCGGCCAAGGCUUCUAACGAGCCGCGACUGCGAUGCACGGAGUUUGAUAGCAACGGAAACGUCACCCUGGUGAACGGGGAGUUCAAGAAGAGUGAGCUGAUUGCCAAGUAUGGCCUUCUCCCACGGGAUUUGCGCAAAAUCGACUCAUCAACCCUGCCGCACAUUCUGGUCCGGCCCAGCGCGAUUCUCAUCAAUCUUCUCCACCUCCGCGUUCUGAUCAAGGCCGAUCGUGUGCUUGUGUUUGACGCCUACGGCUCAACCGACUCCUACAUGCAGUCCCUGUUCGUUUAUGAUCUGGAGGGUAAGCUGCGGCAAAGACAGGGACAAAGCGCGGGCGCUUUACCUUACGAGUUCCGGGCGCUCGAAGCUGUGUUGAUCAGUGUCACAAGUGGUUUGGAGGAGGAGUUCAACGGCGUCAGAGAACCUGUCGUGCGCGUUCUGCGGGCCUUGGAAGAGGAUAUCGAUCGGGAGAAGCUGCGGCACCUGCUGAUUUACUCGAAGAAGCUGGGUACUUUUGAGCAGAAGGCCCGACUUGUACGUGAUGCUAUCGAUGAUCUGCUGGAAGCGGACGACGACUUGGCGGCGAUGUACCUCACUGAGCGUCAAAAGAAUAUCGAGCGCGAGGAGGAUGAUCACCAGGAAGUCGAAAUGCUACUGGAAUCAUACCAUAAAGUCUGCGAUGAAAUUGUCCAGGCAAGCGGCAACUUGGUAACAGGGAUCCGUAACACGGAAGAAGUUGUCAAGGCUAUUUUGGACGCCAACCGCAACUCCCUCAUGCUUCUCGACUUGAAAUUCAGCAUCGGCACACUCGGACUCGCGACUGGAACCCUCUUUUCUGCACUAUACGGAAUGAACUUGAAGAACUUCAUCGAAGAAUCGGAUCUGGGUUUCGGCGCGGUCUCUGUGACCUGCUUCGCCAUCACACUGGUCGUCUGUGUGUAUGGGCUGGCCAAGCUGCGUAAGCUCCAGCGUGUUAGGAUGUGGGGUGAAGACGGCGCAGGCGGCUCGCCUAUGGUGCAUCUACCAACGAGAGGUGGAGCAAUUGGCCAUCGGCCAAACUGGCGAGCUGAUUCCAUUGAUCCGGUUUGGGGUAGUCUGCCUGGGGAAGCCCGCUCGGAGAGACUGAAGCGCAUCAGGGACAGUUCCGUUGCAGCAGCUGUCAAGUCCGCCGCGGCGCAGCGCGCAUCCUCGGCGCCGACCGCCAAUCCCUCUUUGAAGGCAGAAACUCGCGAGCCCAAGGAGGCAUAA